AAACUGGAGGGACGGCCACAGGGAAAGGGAAAGGGACAGAAAGAGCAAGCAGUGCGUCAAGAGGAAGACCGAUGGGUAGAUGAAGAGGCUCUGAUGCUCCACGUCAGGCACGAGCUGUUUCGGCUUGGUGCUGACGUCACUGCACUCCCAUAAUGCAACGAAACAUAUGACAAAAAAGUAAACAAGAGGUAUUCACGAUGGCAGCGGACAGUGAUCCCGAGACGGAGGUGUUUGAGAUCACGGACUUCACUACCGCGUCCGAAUGGGAAAGGUUUGUGUCAAGAGUUGAGGAAGUGUUAAAUGACUGGAAGCUCAUUGGCAGCUCUGCCGGAAGGGCUUCUCCAGAGAAGGGUGAAUACACCAGUGGCACCUGGGAGGAAAAGUCUCAGGAGAUCAACUUCGCUGACUUCAAGUUCUCUAUAACCCACCACUACUUGAAGCAGGAAUCAGACAAGAGUGAUCUGAAAGAGGAACUCGAGGAAGAUGCAUUUCCCUUGGCUAUGCAGGACCUCCUGUGUAUGAACAAUGAUUUUCCUCCGAGGGCGCACUGUCUGGUGCGAUGGUAUGGCAUGCGAGAGUUCUUGGUCAUCUCACCGGGGGCCAACUGUGAAGCCAUCACCAGCGAGUCCAAGUGCAACUUACUGCUCAGCUCCGUCUCUAUAUCUCUGGCCAACAGCGGCUGUCAGGUGCCAAUGUUUGUGCAGAUCCAGCAGAAGUGGAGGCGGCUGUACGCCGGGGAGUGCCAGGGUCCGGGCGUGCGCACCGAUUUUGAAAUGGUCCACCUCCGCAAGGUGCCCAGCCAGUACAACCACCUGUCUGGCCUGCUCGACAUCUUCAAGGCCAAGAUAGGCUGUCCCCUGACCCCCCUGCCCCCCGUCACCAUCGCCAUCCGCUUCACUUACGUCCUGCAAGACUGGCAGCAGUACUCCUGGCCCCAGCAGCCUCCAGACUUUGACGCUCUUCUCGGAGGCGAGGUGGGUGGGGUGGAGUUCGGCAAGCUUCCGUUCGGCGCCUGCGAGGACCCAAUCAGUGAGCUGCACCUCGCCACCACUUGGCCGCACCUGACCGAAGGCAUUGUGGUGGAUAACGACGUCUACUCCGACCUGGACCCUCUCCAAGCCCCCCACUGGUCUGUGCGAGUCAGGAAAGCGGAAAAUCCCCAAUGCUUGUUAGGAGACUUCCUGAACGAGUUCUUCAAGCUUUGCUGUAGGAAGGAAUCCACCGAGGAGAUAUUGGGCAGAGGAUUGACCGAGGAAGAGGGCAAAGAGAACACUGACCUCAGCGCGGCUCUCUCCAAGCUGACGGAGCCGGCGGCCGCGCCCAUGUCAAAGCUGUCCGUCUCCAGCAUGGUGCACAGCGCCCGCAAGCACAUCCGCCGCCACCGCCGCGUCGACGAGUCGCCGCUCAGCAACGACGUGCUCAACUCCAUCCUGCUGUAUUUAUUCCCGGACGCGGCGGUGGAGAGGUCUUCGACGGGGGCUUCGGACGCCAGCGACGGCCGGGCCGCGCCGCCACCUAGCACCGGCGGCAGGAGCGAGCCCGAUAAAGACUCCGAUUAUAACCUGUUCAACCAGCUGAAGUCGGCACCCAGCGACAGUCUGACCUAUCGGCUGGCCCUGUGCGUGUGCCUGGUAAACUUCUACCACGGUGGCGUGCGCGCCCUGGCCCAUCUGUGGCAGGAGUUUGUCCUAGAGAUGCGCUUCCGCUGGGAGAACAACCACCUAGUCUACGGGCUGGCCAGCGGAGCCCCUGAUCUCCGCUGUUGUCUGCUGCAUCAGAAGCUCCAGAUGCUCAACUGCUGCAUCGAGAGGAAGCGGGCGAGGGACGAGUCCCGGAAGGCCAGCGACGGGGGAAAGGAGCGGGACCGACCGCUGCCGGGCGGCGGCGAAAACGGGCGCCGUAGCCGCCGCGAGGGCGCGGCCGGCGCCACGGCCGCCACGGCGGCCGGCUCCGGCGCCGCGCGGGAGGCCUCCCCGGGGAAGUCGUGGGACUCGUGGAGCGACAGCGAGGACGAGUUCUUCGAGUGCCUGAGCGACCAGGAGGAGGCGGCGGCGGCGAAGGAGGGCGAGGCGGAGAAGGGCGGAGCCGGUAGGGCCAAGCCCCCCGACGGCAGGCUCCACCCCCACGGCACCAUGACCCUGCUGAACCCGUCCACAGAGCCCAUGUACAUCCCCGUCACGCAGGAGCCGGCCCCCAUGACGGAGGACCUCCUGGAGGAGCAGUCGGAGGUGCUGGCCAAGCUGGGCACCACGGCCGAGGGCGCCCACCUCCGGGCCCGCAUGCAGAGCGCCUGCCUGCUCUCCGACAUGGAGUCCUUCAAGGCCGCCAACCCGGGCUGCUCUCUGGAGGACUUUGUGCGCUGGUACUCUCCCCGGGACUACGUGGAGGAGGAGGUGGUGGACGAGGCGGGCGCCCCCGUGCUCCGGGGCGAGCUGAGUGCCAGGAUGAAGAUCCCGGGGAACAUGUGGGCCGAGGCCUGGGACACGGCCAGGUCGGUGCCCGCGCGCCGCCAGAAGCGGCUGUUUGACGACACCAAAGAGGCCGAGAAGGUCCUGCACUACCUGUCAGUCCAAAAACCAGCUGACCUGACCCGGCAUCUCCUGCCAUGCAUCCUGCAUGCUGCUGUGCUCAAGCUCAAGGAGGAGGAGUCCCUGGAGGACAUCCCUUCAGUGAAGAAAGCUGUCCAGCAGGCCACUUCUCAUGCCAGCAAGCAGCUACGACACCCCAACCCCGACCACAAGAAGCUCGAAGAAGUCAUCAGUCAGCUGGUGGCGGUGGAGACCGUCAUUGCCCGGGCCCGCUCCCUCAAGGCAAAGUUUGGCAUAGGCAAAGCUGAGGCAGGAGAGGAUUCCGAAGAUCUGGAGAAGUUCGUCAUCUCCUUGCUGGAGGAGCCCGAGGUGGCGGUGUUGGGUGCUGGACGCGGGCCGGCUGGCAGCAUCAUCCACAAGCUGUUUGUCAGCUCUCAGAGGGCAGCCCUACUGGCACCCAUGGACGACGACCUGGUCCGUCCAGGGGGCGGGGCCGAUGACAGGAAGCCGAUGGGCGGCGGCCUCAACGUGCCCGACUUCCCGCCCCCCGCGGGGCGCGAGAUCCUUCUGCGGACGUGCGUCCCGCGGCCGGCGCCGUACUCCAAGGCCCUGCCCCAGCGUCUGUUCUGUGUGCUCUUGAGGGAGGACUUCAGACUGGCCGGGGCCCUCUCCUCCGACACCUCCUUCUUCUGAGAGCCCCCCUCCCCCAUGGAUGAAGUGCAUGCGUUCUUUUUUUCUUUUCUUUUUUUAUUAAGGGUUAUAUCGUCAUAUCGACUCCAAGCAAAACGCCACUGUUUUUGUGUUGCGGUCGAGGCGGUUGCUUGACCAGUCCAUCCAUAAAGAAUAUCGGGAAGCAGCGCGCUUUGUUGUUCUGAUUGUUAUUAUUGUUGUCAUUGCGUAAUGGCACACUGCGAUCAUUGUGGGUCACCACAGGUGUUUGUCAAUGUAUUUAUUCCCUCCCCUCUGUUUAGAGGGGAGGCAAAUAAACCGUCUCUGUGUCGCAUUGUGAUUUAAAGUAUUGACCAGACAAUGUGAGGUUGGUGUUUGGUUGGUUUACUGUGGAAGAAAAACAGGACAGGAAUGUCUUUGUUGACCGCGGUGUGCGCUACCAUACCACUAUUUGUUAGACGGACUUUACUGUCCGUUUUCAUCCAGAGGUUGACAAAAGGUAACAACCACUCUGUAGUUCUUUAACUAAAGACUUGUCUUGUAUUCUCUCACCCGCCUAAGGUGUUUUCUAAAUAGAGAACAAUCACUUGUCUUUGGCGAACCAACCUAACCAUACCUGACAAAAUAAUGGCGCUAUUUAUGUUUACAAUGGUAUCUUGUGUUUAUCAUGACCUUCUCCUCAACAACUCGUUUCGUCAGGGUAAGCGUUCAACCUGGCAAGUUGACAAUUUGGGGAGACACCAUUUAUCUUCUCAUAUGUUAGUGCUAUUUGUCUCGCAUCAGCAUACAUACUCAUCUGUAUUCCUUGUGCAUUUGUGGUUUAGCUAAACAAAUAAAAAUGCAUUGUGGACAAAUGUAAACAAUGCUUGUUUACAUUUACUUAGGUGUAAAUGUAAUUCCUCAGUGUCCCCUACCUUGUAGAAACCCCUGGUCAAAAGUGCAAUUACACAUAUCAUAUAUUGUACACACAAUGUAUAAAUGUAAUAGAAUAACAAUGUAGCUUCACUCAAAGCAGAAGGAACCAGUUUUGAUUGUCGAUUUUCAUUGUGCUCUUUCUGCUAAAAAUUAUGUUUCAAAUUAAAAACUAUUGCCUAGUUAAAGCAUUUCUAUUGUCAUUAGUUGACUAGGGGAGUGGAUGUGAUCUGGGGAUAUGGAACUGAUAUGUACAUGAUAAAUGUAUUUCUAUGUCCUUUACUUUAGUACUGUAACAUGGAUAACAAUAAACACAUUCAAAUCAAA